CACUCGCCUCCUGUGACUUCCCCGACAUCGCCUCUGUUUUACCCAUCACCGGCGCAAAAUAAAAGGCCAAAAAAAAAAAAAAGGGAAAGAGGAGGACGUAGGGAGGAAACUUCACCGACUCCGUUGACGAUUUCUGCUCGCCACAAGCGUAAUCACGUCUGAAGAUUUUCAUAUAGAACUAUUUUGUUUACAGAAAUGGAUGAAACCAUGAAGCAAUUUCAGGAUGGUCUGAUUGAGGUUGAGAUUGAAGCUGACAAUUUUUUGUUAGCGCGACACCAAUUAGUUGAAAACGAUAGAUUGAGGAAUGGCAACAGGGAAGCAUUGACAGCACUAAGGAAAAGGGCUAGGACAACCAAAACAAGUAUCCCUUCUCCUUUUGAGUCAAUAAUGAGGGAGAUUGAAUCAAGGCCAUUGGUGAAAGAAAUUUGUGGAACAUGUGGUAACCAUGAUGGCAAAGAGAAUACAUGGUUGAUGUUUCCAGGAACUGACGUUUUUGCUGGUAUACCAUUUCAUGCUGCUCAUGCCAUUUUGGAUAAAGAUCAAGCUGGGUUAGAUUUUGAAGCUAAAAAACUUCAAAGUUACAUCAAGGAGAAGUCCUUCUGGAUUUCUGAAAAAGGAGUUCUUACUGACAAGAUCAGUCCGGGUGUUCUUAGGUCUCUUGUUACUCUAACAGAUCAGACAAAGGAUCAGGAAAAGGAGUAAAUCAUCCAAGUCCUCUUUUGUAUUGCAAAAACCAAGUUCGGAGACAGAAAGGAAAUCCACAUGCAUUAUCCCUCAAAUCUAGCUGUUGAAAGCCAUGAGAAAGCUGGGAGGAGCCUUUUCUUUAAGAGAAUUGUCCACUGUGCAUGUUCUAUAUUUUUGGUGAAAUUCCAUUUUUGGCAUUGUGACUUGUGACUCAGCAAGAAACUGUAUGCUUCCAUGGAUGUAUAUUUGUGUAUUCAUUCAUGUUGGGUAAUGUGUAAUCAAGCACCACAUCAUACAGGUUUUGUGAACUUGGAAAUCAUGGUUAGUCUGUUCACAACUUGUGAACUUGUAUCUUUCGCAUUCGUUUUUCUUAUUGUGUAUAUAAUACCUGACUUCAUGAGCAUAUAGCAGUUACUCCCAA